AUGGCAGCAGACUUGAGUCGCAUUGAGUCUUUCCAAUACCCUGCUGCCCACUACGGACAUCUUUCAGCCGACCAACAGCAAGCUCUGGAGGCUUUUAAAUCAUUAUGUCUAGAGCAAGGCUACUACAUACCUGCUUCCCCGGCUGAACCACGAUCUGAGGCUAGUCAUGAUGACGAGACACUCCUUUCCUGGCGGAGCACUGACGAUGCAAUUCCCAGACGCUUCCUCCGCGCCCGCCGCUUCAGUCCCCCAGAGGCGCUGAAGCAAUUCAAAGAAACCGAAGAUUGGCGUAAGGAGCAUGGCUUAGAUGACCUUUUCACCACCAUCGAAGUCCAAGAGUACGAGCAGACAAGACGUUUGUACCCACAAUGGCUCGGUCGCCGCGACAAACGCGGUAUUCCCGUGUUCUUAUUCGAGGUUGCCCCUCUCAACUCCAAGAACAUCGCAUCAUAUGAAAAGCAACUCGCAGCGUCAAGAUCCACUUCGUCAAAGGUUGCGACUAAAAACCUCCGUCUGUUCGCGUUGUACGAAUCGUUGACUCGCUUCGUGCAACCUUUAUGUUCCGCUAUAGACCGAAAGCAUCCAGAAACACCGAUAUCGCAGAGCAAUAAUAUCGUGGAUAUCAGCGGUGUGGGCUUGAAACAGUUUUGGAAUCUCAAAAAUCACAUGCAAGAUGCUUCACAACUUGCAACAGCGCACUAUCCCGAAACACUGGAUAGAAUCUUCAUCAUAGGUGCUCCCGCCUUCUUUCCGACCGUGUGGGGCUGGGUUAAACGUUGGUUCGACCCCAUCACCGUAUCCAAGAUAUUCAUCUUAUCCAAGGAGAAUGUGUUCCCCACAUUGUCUCAGUAUAUAGAUCCUGACAGUAUUCCCAAGAAAUAUGGCGGCAAUCUGGAUUUUGAGUGGGGUAACAUGCCCGUAUUGGAGCCAGCGAUAGAACAAGCAAUCCAUUGGGAAUCACCAGCUCAACAAAAUGGAAAGAACACAUUUCCGAUUGGCCCAAUGAAGUGGGAGCAUGGAGAAAAUGGAGAAAUGAAGGCUAUUGCGGUUGGGUCUGAAGAUGGUCAGCCUCGACGGAAAUUGAUCUUCACCAUUGCAAAUCCCGUAGGCAGGGAAGCAGCGCAGAAAGCCCCGAUACCAAAUACACCUAUCGAUGAAGCAGAACUCAGACUCACCACCGAUGGCACUGCAACGCAGCCGACGGAUGCAGAAGUGCUGGAGAGCGAGGGAAUCACCGGUAGUACGAAUACAGAGCAGGGGGGAACUGCUUCGCCUGCAGCGCUCAAAGAACAAGAAGGUCGCAACCUUCCACUUCGACAAGGAACAUCAGACACACGUUACGAGCAACAACACGAGACCCACGCUGCAGGCCAGCUUGCCGACGGUACACCUUAUGCUGCAGUCAAUAAUCAUGGGCAAGGGGAUAAGACCGUGACCAUGGAGCCUGGAACAGUAGGACAAGCACCAAAAGAUGUCACAAUCCCUUCUCAAGAACCUCCCGCGCCGGGUUACGUCGAACAAGCCAAGCAGGUAGCUUCCACAGCUGCAGCCACGGUGACAUCAACUGUAGGUUCAGCAGUGGGCAAUGUAGCGGGUUUGACAGGUGGGAGUAAGUCGGAGCUAAAAACAGAGGAUGGAGUAGUGGCUAAGAGUCCAGAACAGAAGGAAUUAGAGAAGAGGAUCGACGCAAAGGAUGAUCCCAGUAUAGAAGGUUUCCUUCGAGAGAAGAACACGAGCACAGUAGUUUGA